UCAGAAGUGAUCUUUACCAAAUUCUUAAGAAUCACAUUCACUCCAACUCACAGAACUCACAGGACUCACCUGUUGCAGUGAAACCUCCUCUCAGUAAACUGUGAUACCAGUAUCAUAUUAUAUUAGCCAUUGGACUUGUAAUAGCAUCGAUCUAGAGAUACUUCAGGUGUUCAGAUGAUCGAGACUAAAGUGAGACUUGCCCAUCGACUCUGUGGUAGCAUAGAUGAUACAGUACUGUAUCAUCUAUGGUGGUAGUCUACCAAGAUCGUGCCGACGGUCAAGAGAGGUUGUCAGUUCAUCUUGCUAGAUCUACUGGAGAGAAUGGGUUCCUACCACGCCCAGAUACAAUCAAUACCAGGCCGUAUUUUUCAACUUAACUCGGCUCCUCUGACCUGACAGACUAGUGUCGACCAUGUACCAGAACUCUGUCAGGGAGCUACAGGGCAAGGCUGUGAUCACUGAUGUGAUAUACUCGUCAAAGGAGAGCUCCAAUGAUGAACUAACAACCACUGGAAGUAAAGAGGAGCUUAAACGCAUCAAGGAAGAUUCCUAUUGCAACAGCUCUGAUGAUGAAGAGUUUGGAUGAGUUAUGGCUCCUCUGUCACUGGCUAGAGCAAGCUGUGUAGAGUCAUCAGGGGAAAAGGAUCGAUCUUUUGGAGGUUGCUGUAGCUAAGGUGACUGCUGGAUUGUUCUACACAACGUAUGAGCACAACCAUCCAGCUGACAGUACUGAGCACAAGGUGCUGAUAGCUCUGGUUGACCUGGUCCCUGAGCUGACAUACAGCUCUGUUCCUCAACUCUACCCUCACUCCUUCCUGCAAGCCAAGGCCACCAACUCCUCACCCUACACCAUCCUGGCUGGACCAGCCAACGUCUUCCUGGAUAACAACUUUAUCACUAAGUCGACGAUGAGUGGUGUGUCUCUGAGGGAGGAGUUUGUGAGCUCCCUGGGAGCAGACCAGUCAGUCGGCAUCAUCGUGAGACCAGUGGCCACAGUACACAACACUCGCACUGCCAUGCUGGGAGGGGCAAAGACAAACACCAUCACCUACACUCACAUUUUCAAGAGCACCAGAAGUAACUCUGGGUCUCAGAGCAACGCCAAGUGCCUCUCAGUACUGACAAUAGAAUCAAGGUCAGUGUGGUUGACCCUACUGUGAGGAAGGUGGAUGAGAAGUGUCUUCUCUCGUUUGGUCACGUUCAACUCAACAAGUCUCACAAUCUACAGUGUAGAGCACCCGGCACAAGAUGGCCAUCGGGAUAGUCCUUGGACUGUCAAGUAAUAAAUCAAACUUUUUAUCAGUGACUGUUCUAUGAAAAAUGAUAUUCAUGAAUAACAUUAACAAAGUAUGCAAUCAGGAAUUUAGAUUAUACAUCUUGUGUAUACACUGUGCCCUCCUCCACAUGUACAAUUAUUUUAAUGGUCACUGAGCACAAGAGAGUUGUUGGCAGGCCCUCACUCCUUUAAACUGCUAUUGCUAUAGACAGACAAGAGAAGAGAAGGUUCAUACAGAUCUUCUUCAUAAUGGGCAUUGGUGUGGAGUUGUGGAGAGCUCGUAUUGGGUUGUUCAAUGGUGGAAGAGGAGGGCGGCCACGUAAAGCUUCCCUGGCUCACCAGAAGCUACAGUGUGAUGUUACUAUCAUAGUCACAAUGGCGUUACGGACACAGUGUAGCACCCUCCAGGCUGAAGAUACCACCAGCCAUCGUGAUAAGUGUGUCGUUGAAUCAGUACUAAAUAAUGCAACAGACAAAGCUCCUCCCAGUAACUGUCAUGAAGAUGUGGUUCCUGAAAAGAAAAAAGAAUCAGUGACAUUCACUACUAACCAUAGCCGCAAUUACUUGUCAAGUAUUUGUAUUGGCCUCACCCUGAUCUUAAUAGGAGCAAUACUUGUCUUCGUCUCUCUUCUCCUGGUAUUGGCCGGAGAUGUAGAGCUAAACCCUGGACCUGGACUGGAUACUGUUCUGACUCUCUCUGACAUACUUGAGGUGUAUGAGAAGGUGAGGAGUGCUAGUCCGAACUGGUUCAACCUGGGACUUGCGUUGAAGCUGAGCUAUAUCGACUUAACAAACUUUCAUGAUAAGUAUCGUGGUGACAAUGAUGUGUGUUUGCGUGAGGCCCUAGCUCGUCGACUGCAGUCAGAUGAUCUUCUAACUUGGGGAGGUAUGUGUACUGCUCUCAGGCACUCUACAGUGGCAAGAAAUGAUCUAGCUGUGAAGAUAGAAGAAAUCUUAGUUCCAAAUAAAGAGAGACAAGAAGUUGAGAUAACUCAAAGCAUCGAGGAAAGAGAGACAUCAGACGGUACAAGCAGUCAACUUGUUCUCAUGCCUCCACGUAUAAAAGAAUUAAGAUUAUCUUCAAUGAAAAUGGAAAUCCAGUUCGGUGAUCUUGUGUCACAACUAUGCCAAUCGCUUGAAAUUCGAACAAUUUCAAAAGACUCCUUAGUUGCUGGAUUAAUGGGGUUUAACUGUUUAAAUAAGGUGUUCGAUAGUAGAAAUCAGUGUGUUUUCAGAGAUCAAAGAGACAAACUCUGUCAAUGUUCAACAAUUGCGGAGGUUUGGCAAAUUAUUGCUGAUUAUUUCUCUUUCUUUGACUAUGAUAUGGUAGAGCUGAUCACUAAACGAUUUGGAACGGAUGUGGACAAAGAAAACAUGAAACUCUACAAAACAAAGUUUAUCGGGUAUGCUAAGCGUGUACUAGAGAAAGGGAAAAUUAGUUCAGACUCCAGAGAAGAUACCGUCACUAUGAUUGUAAAGCUUGAUUCUUCGUACGACAAUUGUGAAAUGAGUCGACUGAAGUUAUUCGAAUGGAAUCUAAGUUCCAUCUUGAACCUGAACGAUGGUGUUUUAAAACUUUGCAAGAUUGAUGAUGGUUGUAUUGAGCUAACAUUUCUGUUGCCCUCUUUCAUAACAAGUGACAUCUUUCCACUGUCAAGUGAUCAAGAACGUGCUCUGCAUAGUCAAGGGGUGUUACAGCUACACUGUGGGGAUGUUCAUUAUCCAGCUGAGUGUCGAUCCGAUGAAGGAGAUAAUACAUCCUGGUCCAGUUCAGAUUCUGAUGAAGGAUUGGCCAGUACUCUUCAUUCUGAGUACAAAUCUGUUGCUACUGAUUACUUAGAGACGUUCCAAAUGCACCGUUUCUUAGAGGGCCCGACAGUCAACAAAAAAGGAGAGCUUUCUAAUUCUGACUCUGGGAUUGUGAGAAGCAAGAGAGGAGCUCGGACUAUUAAAUCAUAUCUUACUGAGGUAGACACUUUUGGUGCUGGAAAUGAAGAGAUGCUACAAGAUUUUAAUGCAGACUUGAGUGCUCUGAAACUACAAUCUAAUGAACCACCUCCCUCGGUGAAGGUAGCAAGCUUAAAAGUUCAUUCUGCUGCGUUUAAUGGAGAAAGGACUAAACUACGAUUUCUAGUUGAAGUGUUUCGUUGCAGUCCUCUAGCUGUUAAUAGAGAAGGCAACACGGCUCUUCACACUGCAGCAGCUACUGGUGAUGUAAUAAGUUUGAAGUACAUGAUUGAAGAUAGGCUAGUCAAUGCAGCAACUGAAUCUAUUAAUGGUGAAACACCUCUUCAUCAUGCUGCUUUCAAUGGACACUUGAACAUUGUGACGUAUCUUGUUGGCACCCAGCAAGUGGACCCACUUGUUCUGGACAACUAUCUAUCUUCACCACUGCAUAAAUCUUGUCGAGGUGGUGAUUUAAACACUGUAAAGUACCUAAUGUACGAGAGUCAGCAACAUCAGCCCGUGGAUGUUAAUGAGCAAACAGCUAAUGGGUGGACAAUGCUUCAUUAUGCUGCUUUCUCUGGGAAUUCUGAGCUGAUUAGUUAUCUUCUCACUGGCAAUCUCCUCCAAGGUGAUACUCCCUCUCUAGGACCAUGUGAUGUUAACUGUCAAACUGAGGAUGGACGGACUGCUCUCUGGACAGCCAGCUUCAAUGGACACAAAGAUGUCGCUCACCAUUUGAUCACUGCUGGAGCCAUUGUUGACCUACCAAACACGGAUGGUACCACUCCUCUCAUGGCAGCUGCUCAAGAAGGUCAUCUCAGUGUUGUGGAACUACUGAUUUCUAUGGGGGCUCAAGUCAACAAUCAGAGCAAUAAAGGUGCUACUGCUCUCUACUUGGCUAGUAGUAAAGGACAUCUCAAGAUAGUGCAGCAACUCAUUGACAGUGGAGCAGAUGUUCAUGUACAAAAACAAAAUGGUUUCACUCCUCUAAUGGUAGCUGCUCAAAAAGGCCAUCUCAGUGUUGUGGAACUACUGGUUUCUAUGGGGGCUCAAGUUAACAAUCAGAGCAAUAAUGGACGGACUGCUCUCUGGACAGCCAGCCUCGAUGGAAACAAAGAUGUUGCUCACCAUUUGAUCACUGCUGGAGCCAUUGUUGACCUACCAAACACGAAUGGUACCACUCCUCUCAUGGUAGCUGCUCAAGAAGGCCAUCUCAGUGUUGUGGAACUACUGGUUUCUAAGGGAGCUCAACUCAACAGUCAAAAUAAAAAUGGACGGACUGCUCUCUUGACAGCGAGCUUCAAUGGACACAAAGAUGUCGCUCACCAUUUGAUCACUGCUGGAGCCAUUGUUGACCUUCCAGACACAGAUGGUAACACUCCUCUCAUGGCAGCUGCUCAAGAAGGCCACAUCAGUGUUGUGGAACUACUGGUUUCUGUCGGGGCUCAAGUCAACAAUCAGGACAAUGGAGAGACUGCUCUCUGGGCAGCCAGCUUCAAUGGACACAAAGAUGUCGCUCACCAUUUGAUCACUGCUGGAGCCAUUGUUGACCUACCGAAGACUGUGGAUGGUUUCACUCCUCUCAUGGUAGCUGCUCAAGAAGGCCAUCUCAGUGUUGUGGAACUACUGGUUUCUGUGGGGGCUCAAGUCAACAGCCAGAAUAAAGAUGGUGUCACUCCUCUCAUGGUAGCUGCUCAAGAAGGCCAUCUCAGUGUUGUGGAACUACUGGUUUCUGUGGGGGCUCAAGUCAACAGCCAGAAUAAAAAUGGACGGACUGCUCUCUGGAUAGCGAGCUUCAAUGGACACAAAAAUGUCGCUCACCAUUUGAUCACUGCUGGAGCCAUUGUUGACCUUCCAGACACGAAUGGUAUCACUCCUCUCAUGGUAGCUGCUCAAGAAGGUCAUCUCAGUGUUGUGGAACUACUGGUUUCUAUAGGGGCUCAAGUCAACAAUCAGGACAAUGAUGGACGGACUGCUCUCUGGGCAGCCAGCUUCAAAGGACACAAAGAUGUCGCUCACCAUUUGAUCACUGCUGGAGCCAUUGUUGACCUACCAAACACGGAUGGUUUCACUCCUCUCAUGGCAGCUGCUCUAGAAGGCCAUCUCAGUGUUGUGGAACUACUGGUUUCUGUGAGGGCUCAAGUCAACAGCCAGAAUAAAGAAGGUGCUACUGCUCUCCUCUGGGCUAGUGGUAAAGGACAUAUCAAGAUAGUGCAGCAACUCAUUGACAGUGGAGCAGAUGUUAAUGGACAAAAUCAAGAUGGUUUCACUCCUCUCAUGAUAGCUUCUCAAGAAGGCCAUCUCAGUGUUGUGGAACUACUUGUUUCUAAGGGAGCUCAACUCAACAGUCAAAAUAAAGGUGGUUUCACUCCUCUCAUGGCAGUUGCUCAAGAAGGCCAUCUCAGUAUUGUGGAACUACUGGUUUCUGAGGGGGCUCAAGUCAACAGUCAGAAUAAAGACGGAGAGACGGCUUUCUGGGCAGCCAGCUUCAAUGGACGGACAGAUGUUGCUCACCAUUUGAUCGCUGCUGGAGCCAUUGUUGACCUACCAAACAUGAAUGGUACCACUCCUCUCAUGGCAGCUGCUCAAGAAGGCCAUCUCAGUGUUGUGUUGGCUCUGGUUUUUGUGGGGGCGCAAGUCAACAGUCAGGACAAUGAAGGUGCUACUGCUCUCUACUGUGCUAGUCGUAAAGGACAUCUUAAGAUAGUGCAGCAACUCCUUGACAGUGGAGCAGAUGUUCAUGUACAAGAACAAGACGGAGAGACUGCUCUCUGGACAGCCAGCUUCAAGGGACACAAAGAUGUCGCUCACCAUUUGAUCACUGCUGGAGCCAUUGUUGACCUGCCAAACACGUAUGGCUUCACUCCUCUCGAGAUAGCUUCUCAAGAAGGCCAUCUAAGUGUUGUAGAACUACUGGUUUCUGUAGGGGCUCAAGUCAACUGUCAAGACAAUGAUGGUUUCACUCCUCUCAUGGCAGCUGCUCAAGAAGGCCAUCUCAGUAUUGUGGAACUACUGGUUUCUGAGGGGGCUCAAGUCAACAGUCAGAAUAAAGAUGGUUUCACUCCUCUCAUGGCAGCUGCUCAAGAAGGCCAUCUCAGCAUUGUGGAACUAUUGGUUUCUGAGGGGGCUCAAGUUAACAGUCAGAAUAAAGACGGAGAGACAGCUUUCUGGGCAGCCAGCUUCAAUGGACGGACAGAUGUUGCUCACCAUUUGAUCGCUGCUGGAGCCAUUGUUGACCUACCAAACACGAAUGGUACCACUCCUCUCAUGGCAGCUGCUCAAGAAGGCCAUCUCAGUGUUGUGUUGGCUCUGCUUUUUGUGGGGGCUCAAGUCAACAGUCAGGACAAUGAAGGUGCUACUGCUCUCUACUGUGCUAGUCGUAAAGGACAUCUUAAGAUAGUGCAGCAACUCCUUGACAGUGGAGCAGAUGUUCAUAUACAAGAACAAGACGGAGAGACUGCUCUCUGGACAGCCAGCUUCAAGGGACACAAAGAUAUCGCUCACCAUUUGAUCACUGCUGGAGCCAUUGUUGACCUGCCAAACACAUAUGGCUUCACUCCUCUCGAGAUAGCUUCUCAAGAAGGCCAUCUAAGUGUUGUAGAACUACUGGUUUCUGUAGGGGCUCAAGUCAACUGUCAGGACAAUGUUGGAGGUACUCCAUUGAUGUACGCUACAAUGAAUGAUCACUCCUCCAUUGUUGAGCUACUCCUCUCAAAGGGAGCUGAUCAAUCUCAAAUAUGAGGACGGGGUACAGUAUGCUGUGUUGAGCUGAAAAUGGGCACAUGUUUCAAUUGUGGAAUUUUUAUUAUUGUGUUGUGCUGUUAAUUUUACCACUUUUUUGUCCAUGCACAUGUACGUUUGCGUGGUCACUUGUAUUAUAGUUAUUGUUUUAGACUUAAUUACUGUGCACGUGGUUAUAAUUAGUUGUUUAGUUACCAUGGUUUUUGUUAAGGAAUGUUUAUUAGUCUUUAGAGUUUCCUGGAGCAGAGUCUCCCUCAAAAGUUUUUGUUCUGAAGUUAUAGUUAUUUGUUGUAAACUAGUACCAGACUAUACCCUGCAUGCAUGAUCAGUUUUGUCAGUUGUUCUCUAUUGUUGUAUGAAGUUCUA